CAUUGUAUAUUUAAUCUAAGUUAAACCUCUUAGAGUAUUGACUGAUUGUAUUGUAAACAAAGACGGAUUUGAGUCAGCAAUAACUAUUAUAUAUAACGACAUUGCAGAAAAUGUCAAACGUAAAGUGAACAUGGCUUAAAUAAUUGUUAUAGUUUCAAGAGUGCAUUAAAGAACAACUCCAUAGAAAAAGUGUUCAAGUAGAAAGUUUUCGUAAAAUAAUUCUUCAUCUUGCUUUAACACAGGACUAUUUACUGGUUUAAAUAAACGCCGAUUUUUUACAUGGGUAGGAUACAGCAGUUGAGAAAAGAUGGAGCUAUUAGAUCCAAACGUUUCACCGGAGUACGCACUGCAGUGUAUCAAAUGGUGUGCAGAAAAUGGCGAAACCUGUGCUUUAGAAGAACAUCUCAGAUCCCAUAAAGACAACCUAAAAGAUGAACUCGUUCCUGUGUUAUGUAACGCUUUUACAAAAGGUCACGAUCGAGUCAUUAAGAUAAUGCUUUCUGCGUUGGACCAGGAAAUCAGAGCAACAUAUAGCAAAGAUGAAAAGUCUUUGUUUCAAAAGUUGCUUUGUCGCGCCGUUGAGACAGGCGACAGUGAUAUUGUUAAAGAUUUAAUUAAUAAAGGUGCUAACGUUAACGGCUACUUUUAUGGAAAGCCUAUACUACAUGUAGCUGCCUGUUAUGGAUACUCGGAUGUUGUUGUAGAGUUGGUGAAAGCUGGUGGAGAUAUAAACAGCGUCGACAAAAGAGGAGAUGGUAUUAUUCACUCCAUAUUGACCUCUCAGCUGAACAAAAAGGACGCUAUGGUAAGACGGAUAAUAACUCUAGGUGCAAACCCUCUAGCCAAAUCUUCCUCGGGAAAAUUGCCGAUUCAUCUUGCUGCCAAGAACGCUCCAGGUGUUCUUGCUGAAAUCGUUAAAGAUGGACAUGAUGUCAGCAUCCUCGAUGACGUUAACAAUGAAACGCCUUUGCAUGUUGCAUGUGGAGCCGUCUGUCGAGAAACUAUUUUGAUACUUAUUCAGUCUGGAUGUCGCUUCAACAUAGAAAGUAAGGAUGGGCAAACACCUUUGGCAAAGUUGCUACGGUUUACAAACAAUGUACAUGAUUUUCACACCAAAACACGCCUCCAACUUGCACAUGAGCUGAUUUCCAUUGGAUUUCGAAUGAAUCAGAGAAUUAAAGUACCGUCUACCACUUACAAUAAAGGACGGGACAAGUGUUACGAUAGAUAUGUCUCACUCAGAAAGUCCCUGAAAGCACUCCCAAGCUUACAGAGUCUUGCUCGGCUGACAAUUAGAGAAUCACUUACGUUGAAAACAGGUUACCAAAAAGAAAUAAAUAAGCUAGAUAUCCCUGUAAAUCUCAAAUCGUUUAUAAUGUUUCACGAUCUGAAACUCUAGAUUUGUUUGUUAGUCAUUGAGUAGAUUAUGUAACUGUGAUAAGUUUAUUUAGAAUCUCACGAGUGUUUCAUUUUUUGCCAACCUAAUUCUGUUUAAAUGUAGCACUUAGUUCUAAUUCUAACUGCCAGUUUUAUUUUCGUGAUCACAAUCUAGUCGAAUUAAUUACACGCCAUAUGUAUGAUUUGAUAAUCAAAAUUGAUCCCUUGAUCCUAAACUUAUAUCUGCAACCAUUAGAAUCUUAUGAAAUGUCUAAGUUUUGCAUUGCCUAAAUGUGUUUUGAAGUUCUGAUGUUUACUGCCAAUAUACAUGCUAGUCCAAUUAAAUACAUAAAUUCAUGCUAUAUUUUUAAUUUGGGAAUCUAGAUUGAUAUUUGUAACUGUCAGCUUAUUUGUUCUUCAGGAGAAAGUUUUAAUUAAAUAUGCUCAUAGCUUUCUUCUCAAUCCUGUUUGUAAUUUAUAUGUAUUGCAAUUCUGUAUUUGCAAUUAUGAAAUGAAAAAAAAACAGUUCUUAAAAUAAUAAUUUAUUUAGAAUCUCACGGAUGUUUUAUGUUCACCUUACAUUGUUUUGUUUUAAUUUUACAUUCAGUGCAGAUGAUAGCUGCAAGUAUUUUUGUGAUCACAUGCUAGUCGAAUAGAAUAAAAGCUUUUUAC